CGCAGCCACCGCAGCCUUGGCCUCUGGGCAAGUCGUGUUGAGCGGCGGCUUCCCGGGUGUCCAGGCCAGACGGGAACGCCUUACUGGGCUUGCUUGGUACCCUACCGGGGCUUGGCAGCCAAGCAGCAGCCACCAUAACCGACCCUGUACGUGGUGUCUUUCUGGAUCCGAGCUUUCUGUGCACGUUAAGUCCCUCGGGCCCCGCAGACCCUUUACCGCUAUGCCCCAGGCGGCGGCUCUCGGCACCCUGGUGCUUCUAUUGCUGCUACCUCUGCUCAGCGGUGCUGAAGUGCCUGGGGACCACUCGAAUGUCGCCUUGGACUACGGAGCCUUGGAAGGCGAGGAGGGCACGGAGCAGCAGCUGCAUUACCAUGACCCCUGCAAAGCUGCUGUCUUCUGGGGAGAUAUUGCUCUGGAUGAGGAUGACCUCAAGUUAUUUCACAUCGACAAGGCUGAAGACUGGACCAAGCCAUCCAUGGAAAAAAUGGGACACGACACUGGUGGCCUUGAGGAGACAUCUGCAAGGUGGCCAAAUGAUACAGUCUCUAAUACCAGCAUCCAGGCGCCAAGAAAGGAUGGCAUGGAUGGCACCACAUUUCUGCCUGGCCCUGGGACCUCAAACACCACAGCUAAGACCUUCUCCGCUCGGGUCCGAAGAGCUACAACCUCAAGGACAGAGCGGAUAUGGCCUGGAGGGGUCAUUCCUUAUGUCAUCGGAGGGAACUUUACUGGUACCCAGAGGGCCAUUUUCAAACAGGCCAUGAGGCACUGGGAGAAGCACACCUGCGUGACCUUCAUAGAGAGGACAGACGAGGAAAGCUUCAUUGUCUUCAGUUACAGGACCUGUGGAUGUUGUUCCUAUGUGGGACGCAGAGGAGGUGGCCCUCAGGCCAUAUCCAUCGGGAAAAACUGUGACAAGUUUGGCAUUGUGGCUCACGAGCUGGGCCACGUGGUUGGGUUCUGGCAUGAACACACUCGGCCAGACCGAGACCAACACGUCACCAUCAUCAGAGAAAACAUCCAGCCAGGUCAGGAGUAUAAUUUCUUAAAAAUGGAAGCCGGCGAGGUGAGCUCUCUGGGAGAGACCUACGACUUCGACAGCAUCAUGCACUAUGCCCGGAACACCUUCUCAAGAGGAGUUUUCUUAGACACCAUCCUCCCCCGUCGAGACGACAAUGGCGUCAGGCCAACCAUUGGCCAACGCGUGCGGCUCAGUCAGGGAGAUAUAGCCCAAGCCAGGAAGCUGUACAAAUGCCCAGCAUGUGGGGAGACACUACAGGACACAACGGGAAACUUCUCGGCACCUGGUUUCCCAAAUGGCUACCCCUCCUAUUCCCACUGCGUCUGGAGGAUCUCCGUCACCCCAGGGGAAAAGAUCGUCCUAAAUUUCACCUCCAUGGAUUUGUUUAAGAGCCGCCUGUGCUGGUACGAUUACGUGGAGAUCAGGGAUGGCUACUGGAGAAAGGCCCCCCUGCUGGGGAGGUUUUGCGGCGAUAAAAUACCUGAGCCCCUUGUCUCCUCGGACAGCCGCCUCUGGGUGGAAUUCCGCAGCAGCAGCAGCAGCCUGGGCAAGGGCUUCUUUGCGGUAUAUGAAGCCAUGUGCGGGGGAGACAUAACCAAAGAUGCAGGCCAGAUUCAGUCUCCCAACUACCCUGACGACUACAGGCCUUCCAAGGAAUGUGUGUGGAGGAUCACAGUGUCGGAGGGGUUUCACGUGGGACUUACCUUCCAGUCCUUUGAGAUCGAAAGGCAUGACAGUUGUGCAUAUGACUAUCUGGAAAUCCGAGAUGGUCCCACAGAGGAGAGCACCCUGAUUGGUCACUUCUGUGGCUAUGAGAAGCCAGAGGCAGUGAAAUCCAGUGCCAACCGACUGUGGGUGAAGUUUGUGUCUGACGGCUCCAUCAACAAAGCUGGCUUUGCAGCCAAUUUCUUCAAGGAGGUGGAUGAGUGCUUUAGGCCAGACCACGGCGGGUGUGAGCAGCGUUGUGUAAACACACUCGGCAGCUACGUGUGUGCCUGCGACCCUGGCUAUGAGCUGGCUGCUGACAAGAAGACGUGUGAAGUGGCCUGUGGUGGAUUCAUUACCAAGCUAAAUGGCACCAUCACCAGCCCCGGAUGGCCGAAGGAGUACCCCACGAACAAGAACUGUGUCUGGCAGGUGGUGGCCCCCAUGCAGUACCGCAUCUCCCUGCAGUUCGAAGCCUUUGAGCUGGAAGGCAAUGACGUCUGUAAGUAUGACUUCGUAGAGGUGCGCAGUGGCCUGUCCCCGGAUGCCAAGCUUCAUGGCAAGUUCUGUGGCUCCGAGACCCCCGAGGUCAUCACGUCGCAGAGCAACAACAUGCGCGUGGAGUUCAAGUCUGACAACACCGUCUCCAAGCGAGGCUUCAGGGCUCACUUCUUCUCAGACAAAGACGAGUGUGCCAAAGACAAUGGUGGCUGCCAGCAGGAGUGUGUCAACACAUUCGGAAGCUACCUGUGCAGAUGCAGGAACGGGUACCGGCUUCACGAGAACGGACAUGACUGCAAAGAGGCUGGCUGUGCAUACAAGAUCAGCAGUGCAGAGGGGACCCUGAUGAGCCCCAACUGGCCUGACAAAUACCCCAGCCGGAAGGAAUGUACCUGGAACAUUUCAUCAACUGCAGGCCACAGGGUGAAAAUUACCUUCAGUGAGUUUGAGGUUGAGCAGCACCAGGACUGUGCCUACGACCACCUGGACCUGUACGACGGGACGGACAGCCUGGCUCCCACCCUCGGCCGCUUCUGUGGCAGCAAGAAGCCGGAUCCCGUGGUGGCUACGGGCAGCAGCCUGUUUCUCAGGUUUUACUCGGACGCCUCGGUGCAGAGGAAAGGCUUCCAGGCUGUGCACAGCACAGAGUGUGGGGGCCGGCUGAAGGCCGAAGUGCAGACCAAAGAGCUCUAUUCUCAUGCCCAGUUCGGGGACAACAACUACCCGAGCCAGGCCCGCUGCGACUGGGUGAUAGUGGCUGAAGACGGCUAUGGCGUGGAGCUGAUAUUCCGGACCUUUGAAGUCGAGGAGGAAGCUGACUGCGGCUACGACUUCAUGGAGGCUUAUGAUGGAUACGACAGCUCUGCACCCAGGCUUGGCCGCUUCUGCGGCUCCGGGCCAUUAGAGGAAAUCUACUCUGCAGGAGACUCACUGAUGAUCCGCUUCCACACGGACGACACCAUCAACAAGAAAGGCUUCCACGCCCAGUACACCAGCACCAAGUUCCAAGACGCCUUGCACAUGAGGAAGUAGUGUCUCAGUUCUGGAAAGCCAGAGAGACCACGGAUGUUUUAGACGCUCGUGAGUGAGAAGCCCCCAGUGUACAGUGUUUUUUUCCACAACAAAAACUCAAACUACAUUCUUGAAACUAUAUAUCUGGAUGACAGUGCAUGCCUUUGGCCAGCAGGAGGAGAAGGGGGGGGGGGGCAUUGAUUCUGGCUGUGGCGUUGUCAAUUGCAGCUUCUGGUGGAGGUCAAAGUUUGAAGUUAGUGACCAAACAAUGCCCUCCUUCAGGCUCAUUUCUAAGCUUUGCUCCUAUGGGGCAAAGAUACCAGCCUGGGGCAAAAGGCUGCCUCUUUCUCAACUCUGGUGACAUGAGCCCCUGCUGGUGACGUGGCUGCCUUCUGAUAGCACUGGGCAUUGAGGAACAUAGCUUGGCAGUGGCUACACUGACACUCACAAAUGUGGCUGAAUACCUUCAUGUAGCUCGGCCAGAGUCAAGCCAAUCAAGAACCCGAGACUGUGGACACAAGCGUUAAAGUGGCAUCCCAGGGGACAGGGAGGAGGCUCAACCUGGGAACCCUGAGCAUUUUCCUCUGACACUGCUUUUCCUUGCCUCCUGUUGGGUGCCUCUGUCAUCUGUCUCCAUUCAGAAAGGAGCACCCAUGGUCACGCCUAGCAGAACAUUUGCCCGUGAGCACCCCCAGGUUGCUGAGAAUGACGUCCCGCUUCACCCAAUACCCCUCCACUCAGAGGCUUAGAAGAUGUCACCUGUGCUGGGUUCCCACCGGCUUCCAGGAACCCCCAGCUGUGAAGGCACCUGCUUCAGCAAACCUCAGUCCUCCCUGGACAGUCAGUUCAAACAGCAUCUGCGAGACAUGCCAAGUCAUUGCAGGACCAAUUCAGAUCUCACUAGGAGAAAACUAGCAAUUCCGAGUUCUGUAAGAGCCAUCAUCUCUGGAACAAGUCGGCCUGUGGCACGAUUCCUGUGACCAGACAGGAUAGAGUGCAUUGGCAGCUUUGCUGGGGUUAACCGGGACCCAGCCGCCCGCUUGCGCUCGGAAUUCUCAACGCCCUGCACUUGGUGUGAAGGGUGAUGUUUACAUAAUAUUAGCACCUCAAGGUAUCAUUGAAAUAGUGAGGUCGUUUUGAAAGGCAUUUUGUUAAGGCAUCUCUGGGCAUUAUGAGCUAAAAGCUGUGGUAUGUUAGCUUUCUAAGAGCAUUUAUGUUGGAAUACUUUUAAAACAAUGUUUACAUAACUAUGGGGUUGGUGGUGAACACAUGGUGGCACAGGAGACUGUUGUCGUUAGAGAUGGCAUAGUUCCCAAGCACCAGAAUCCCUAUGUGAUGGACUGUCACUUUAUACAGAGCAUGUGUGAAGCCUAAAGGAUCUACUUUAAAAGAAAUCACAACAUCCCAAUCGGAGGAUGACAUCCAACUGAAAAAAGUGCUGGGAGCGAAACUAGAAGGAGACAAAGAAAGGAGAGAGAAAUGCAUCCAAGUAUUAUUAUUAUUAAUAUAUGUCUGUAUAUAUGUAUCUAUGUAUGUAUGUAUAUAUGUAAGGAUCAGCUAUCAACGCCUUAAUCAGGGCAUCGGGACAGUGCCAACCCACUGACUGUGGCUUAUCAUCAGACUCUGGUGCUGGCCCCACACUUUAUGCCUCUCCCUUCAAAACCGAGACCUCUUCUCUCUUCUCUUGAACUUAAGCCUCAGCCUCCAUCCUGUCCUGAUUGCUGGCACGCCCUCCCAGGGAGCUUCCUGUGACAAGAGAGAGCUUAUACCAUGGCUCUUGUCCCCAUCAGCCCACUGGGGUAGAUUCCACAUCUCUGGUGUGUGUGUGUGUGUGUGUGUGUGUGUGUGUGUGUGUGGUGUACAUGUGCAUGUGUGUAUGUGUGAUUAGCUUUUAUGUUUGCCUCAUCUUGUCUGUCAGGGGUGGAAUGGAAAUCAGGAUGCAUAAGGUAUCUGUCACCCAACUCCACACAGAUAAAAAUUCUGUAUCUUUCACCUUUAGAAAUGUAACUAAGAUUGGCAAAUCCCAUGGAAAAUAGGAGCUGGGGAGAGUCAGGGUUGGUUGAUUUGUCAUCCUGGUGACACACUGAUAAUUCUUUUUAGUGUGAAUGUUUUCAGAAGCACGCAGCUUUGGCGGAGGCCAGCUUACAACAAUGGAGCUCUUAUGAAAGCUCUUACUUAGGCCUGUGAGGGCCGCAUUCCCAGAAGACAGGCUCUGAUUCAACAAGGGCUGCUGGAGGGCCCCGCCUCUGGAAGCCGACACCCACAGGGAUUCGCACAUGACACAGGCUGGUUUCUGAGAAUAGUCCACUCCACAGACAGGCCCAGGUGCCCACUUUGGCUGUUCCAAUUGCUCAGUGGCCUUUCUGGAAAUGUCGGGUGUGGAUGGGUAGAGAGGCUCAAGGAUAGCCCUUCAGCUGAUCCUUUAUGUGGGACCAGGCCUGGGGGUGUCAUGGAACUCUAAGACCCAGCCUGGGGGUGUCAUGGAGCUCUAAGACCCAAGAACUGCCUCCAGGAUAAAUGAUGUAAGGAAGUGUUUGGAGCUUGGGUCCCCAGGCUGAUGUAAUUCUAAUAUGUGCGGAGUUGGCAGAAAGUAAAGCCUGCCCCCCAGGGGGGGACCUCCAAACAGUUGAAGCCAGGCUGUGUAUCAAUUCACUAUUUUCUCUAAAGUAUCUUUCUCAGUAUUUCCUUCUACACAGUCAUGGCGUUCAUAAAUUGCCCAGUCUGUUUAAAUAAUUCUCCAAACACAGUUAACCAGCAAAUCUACGUAAAAAACAUGCUGUCCGUUUGUCCCCAUUGCUCUUCAAGGUUCUUGGUAUUGUUUGGGAAGAGAUGGUCCCUUAGCAUCCACAGAUGUUUUUAAAGUUUGCUUUGCAGAUUGUGAUCAAAGUUCUAAUCAGCAACCCCAAAUAUCUAAAAAUGUUCUUCUUCUUUUUUAAAUAGAAAAGUGUUAUCUAUAAAUAUAAAGGUAUUUUUAUUUUGAGUAACUACAUUUCAUGUAAAAUGUCAGUUGCAAAUGUCUUCUUGUUGGCAAGAACAUGGGGAGAUGAUAACCCUUGUUUAAAAAUGA